AUGGACCUGAAGUAUGAGUUACUCAACACCACAGUGUUCUGGUUUCCCUCGGCCUCUCAGUUUGACAGCUUCUCCCCGGAGACUCUUACUACUAAUGCCUCCAUAAACAUCACAGGCCACCACUAUGACUUAACCAGCAAUGCCAUCCUCACCUUCCUCUACUUUGUGGUUUGCAUUGUGGGACUGUGUGGUAAUACCCUCGUCAUCUAUGUCAUUCUCCGCUAUGCCAAGAUGAAAACAAUUACCAACAUCUACAUACUCAACUUAGCGAUAGCUGAUGAACUGUUCAUGUUGGGGUUGCCUUUUUUGGCGAUGCAGGUGGCUCUAGUUCACUGGCCCUUCGGGAAAGCCAUCUGUCGAAUUGUCAUGACAGUGGAUGGAAUCAAUCAGUUCACCAGCAUCUUCUGCCUCACAGUAAUGAGCAUUGACAGGUACCUUGCUGUAGUUCAUCCCAUAAAGUCUUCCAAGUGGAGGCGGCCAACAACUGCAAAGAUGGUCAAUGUAGCUGUAUGGGUUAUUUCCCUUCUGGUCAUCAUGCCCAUCAUGAUAUAUGCUGGAGUGGCCCAUAAUCACGGGAGCAGUAGCUGUACCAUAAUCUGGCCAGAUGAGUCUGGUGCUUGGUAUGCUGGUUUCAUAAUCUAUGCCUUUAUUCUAGGCUUCUUAGUGCCCCUUACCAUCAUCUGCCUUUGUUACCUAUUCAUUAUCAUCAAGGUCAAAUCCUCUGGUAUCAGAGUGGGCUCCUCUAAGAGGAAAAGGUCAGAGAAGAAGGUUACCAGGAUGGUCUCCAUUGUGGUUGCUGUUUUCAUCUUUUGCUGGCUGCCCUUCUACAUCUUUAAUGUCUACUCAGUUUCUGUCUCAAUUGUACCCACUCCAGUUCUCAAGGGCAUGUUUGAUUUUGUAGUGGGCCUCACCUAUGCCAAUAGCUGUGCUAACCCUAUCCUCUAUGCCUUCUUGUCUGACAACUUCAAGAAGAGCUUCCAGAAUGUUCUCUGCUUGAUGAAAGUCAGUGGCAUGGAUGAAGCAGACAGGAGUGACAGCAAGCAGGAUAAAUCCAGGUUAAAUGAAGCCACAGAAACCCAAAGGACACUGCUCAAUGGAGACCUCCAGACAAGCAUUUAA